AGAUCUUACCUUAAAAAUAAAAUUUAUACUAUAUUGAUACUAUUAUAGAGCGUCUUUAUAAAGUAACUUUCCAUUUCUGUUUACAAAACGUUGAUUAAAAGUAUUUAUAAAUAAUUCAAGCCCGCAAAAUUUUAUUAAACCUUGUAUUUAUGUUCAUUCGUCAAAUUCUUUGCACUUUUUAUGUUGAUUUAAAAAAAACUAAACCUAUUUUAACAAAAUGUUUUAACGCGACAAGUGACUUGUGCUCCUCUUUUUCUUAAAUCUUAUAAUUUUUCGAACUAACAAAAAAAUACAUCGUUACUCUUUUUAAACCCUCCUAAAUAAUAGUCUUAAGGCGAUAAAUCUCGAGUUUACUUUGUUAGCUUUUGAAAAUAUAAUUUCAAGUUAGUAGAAAUCUAUGUUUUUGUAUACACAACUUGGAGUAGGCAACGGUGCUUUAUUUGACAGUUAACUUGUGUUUCCUUUAUAGAAUGACUUAUAUGAAAACAAUGCUUACAAAUUAUUCAAAUUUUUAGUUCUUCAAACUAGUUUGUAAUAAAUGUUAUCAACAUAAAUUUACAAAAACAACGACGUAAUCACGUUCUGAGAGGUUAAAAUUUCCACAAAUGUAAUGUAUUACACAAUAUUGGCAUCCCUACUGCAACGAAAUAAUAAAUCGCGAAGAAAGAUAACAAUUGUAAACAUUUUAAUGCUUCCAAUUCGUUGAUAACAGCCUCGAACUAAUCUCGUUUAUUCUAAGAUCCAGUUAGCGAGCGGUAGGUAGAUACGAGUAUACGAAUAAAACAUGGAUUUUGAAAAUUUUAGAAGAAUUCUCGUUCUAUACGUGGGUGGAACGAUUGGUAUGAAAAAGAAUUGUUAUGACGUAUUAGAGGCUGCUCAUAACGAUUUUCGGGCUAAAAUAAAAAGCAGCAGCUCAUUACAUGACUCAAAAUGGGCAAGGGAAAAUUUACACGGAAAAUUAAAAGAGAAUCAGAUGAUAUUACCGCAAAGUGGCAACGGACAAAAGAUACUAUACGAAAUAAUAGAAUAUACACCGUUGUUAGAUUCUAGCAACAUGACUUUAAAAGACUGGAUAAGAAUCGCUAAAGAUAUAGAGUUUUACUAUCACGAUUAUAACGGAUUCAUAGUUCUUCACGGUACAGAUACAUUAGCUUAUACAGCUUCAGCACUUUCUUUUAUGUUAAAUGGAUUACAAAAAACCGUAAUAGUUACAGGUUCGCAAAUUCCAAUUUUCGAAAGUAGAAGCGACGCGAAUAACAAUUUCUUUGGUUCGUUAUACAUCUGUGGAUCGUUUACUAUACCGGAAGUGUGCGUAUUUUUUUCUAAUAAACUUUUUAGAGGUAAUAGAGUCGCUAAAGUUUGUACAGAAGAUUUAUAUGCGUUCGAUUCUCCGAAUUAUCCUGCGUUAGCUGAUGUUGGGGUUGGAAUUAAAGUACAUGAAUACUUCAUUAGAAAAAUCGAUUAUGCAGAGAAAUUUAGUGUAUAUACUGAUUUAAAUCCACAUGUUGCUGUCAUAGAAUUUUUCCCAACGAUAACAGCAGAAAUGUUAUCAGCGUUUCUUACAAUUCCCAAACUCCAAGGGGUAGUAAUUCAGAGUUUUGGUACAGGGAAUAUACCCUCAAAACUAGAUCUUCUUGAGGUACUUGGGGCGGCAGUGGCUAGACGUGUACUCAUUGUUAAUAUAACAAUAUGUGCGAAAGGAGCAGUUAGUAUGUCCUACGCUACUGGUAAAGUUUUACAAGAUAUCGGUGUGAUUUCUGGGGAAGAUUUGACCGUAGAAGCUGCUCUAGCGAAAUUGUGUUACGUUUUAGGGUUACCCGGGUUAACUUUCGAGGAACGCAAAGAGGCAAUGCGAACCGAUUUAAGAGGAGAAAUGACUAUACAGAAAUACGAGGAGAUAAAAUAAAUGUUUAUUAAUAUUUAAACAAGCAAUUGGUAUUUUUUAUAAAUGAUUCCAUUGAAUUUUAUUGAUAUAAUGU